GCUGCCUUUGCCGCUGGUGCGUCGGCUCCUGUGCUUCCCCGGCGUGCAAUUGGGGACCUCGACCCUCGUCCCCCGGUGCCGCCUGCUGCCGCUUCCUUCUCUGAUGUGGACUGCGCUGAUUCGGUGCCUGCUCCCGCCGCGCCGGAGCUCAUCGCUGACUUGCCCGAGGACUCGUGGAAGUGCGACUGGUGUGACUUUGUGGCUGCGGCGCCCCAUGGCUCUGACAAGCUAAAGACGCAUGUGCGACUGUGGCACCCCGAGCAUGCGCACAUCUCCCGCCAGCCUUCCUUGCCAGAGUUUCGUGUCCCUGAAGCCUCUGAUGUUGUUGAGUGGCCGUGCCCCUGCUGCGACAAGGCCCUCAUACGCACCGAGCCCCGCCAAUGCUCCACAGCGAUGCUUAUGACCCGCCUGAAGCACCGACGCUUGCACCAUCCGAAGGAGCCCAAAUCCAAGUUCUUGGUCAAGACCGCGCGCUCCAAUGUUACGAGAGCCACCCGUGCGGUCAUCGCCGCCGCCACUGCCAAACGUUUGCUUAAGCAUCGCACUGGUGGCUAUGGCCGUCACUCCAAGGUUGAGUUCUACCGUAUCCCAUACAUGGGGACGCGAGGCCGCCAGGCCAGGUCUUCGCGUGUUGUGUAUGUUUGCUUGUCGUGCAUGCAGACGUCCGACACUGCCAAUCGUCUCAAGGAGCAGCCCUGUGCCAAGGUGGGACCCUCCAGCUCCCGCGUGACCUUCAUCGCGAGGCUGCGAAAGUGUAUCUCCGAUGGCGCUGGGCAGCACUCUGCUGAGCUACUUGAUGGCGCCCGCGCGCUCCUUUCCCGGCUUGCCGCUGGCACUCCUGAUGCUCCGCGCCGCUGCACCAGCAAGCGCAAGCAGCCCGAGGCCCGGCGCCAGCAUGACAUCCUCGCCCUGGCGUGGCCCACUGUUUACCGCGAUGCCUACACCUUUCGGAUGCGCUUCGUUUGCACGACUUGCCUUGCCAACGGGGCUGUGCGUUCCAACAUGAUUCAGCGCCCGUGCGGCCCGGUCAUUCGGGGCGCUGCGCGGCUCAAGCGCCAGCUUGAUUCGGCGGCGGCCUCGGGCGAUGACACGGCGGCCCGCACUGCGCGACUUGCGCUCCACGCCUUGGAGCAUGCACUUCCUGUUCUGCACCCCCCGCCUGCCCCGCCGGUU